CGACGAGAAGGCGAUCAGGGCCACAGACGACUCCUUGUUGCUAUGGAACGUUGGCCCAUACCUAGUAAGGAAACGAACUAACGUCUACGACCCGAAGAUGCGUCACCGAUGGUAAGACAAUACAGCACCAGAAAGGCAAUUCUCGGUCGCGACUGCCAAAACGAGACUGCACGGCCACCUGUGGGUGGCCCUGUCGACGGACCGCCACAGUGGCCCUGGUGCUUUGACCCUUUACCCAGUACGCCCGCAUGCUGGCCACCGCGGGCCCUGGAAACGACCGUUGGUAUGCACGCUCCUCUAGUCUUUAGCAUGCCACCGAGGAAGCCCAGGGCAGCGAAGUGGUAUGUCAAGAAGAAGGCAUCCACAGUGGCGUUGACAAAGCGCUCCAUGGUCGGUCUGCGGCGUGGCCCCGCUAGAAAGGCUGCGGGCGCUCGUGCGCCCCCGAGCCUUAGCGUUAAAGGCGCAGCGCAGAUCAAGCAUACGUCCGCCAACUGCGGUCGUCCACGGAAGCCCUCCCAGGAGGAGGUCGAGGAGCUGACAGAGCGAUGGGAGACUGUCCGGAUUCAAUACAACAGGCAGGCCCGAGAGGUCCAGGAAGCGAUGCAGGACGAAGGUGCUCUCAAUAUACCCAGGUUCGUCCGCCACCUCUGGUGCCACACGGCCGUUCUACAAGAAUCGAGGAGGGACCCGACGAUCACGCGAGAAGACAUCCUCGGUGACCCUGCGAAGGACAUAGUGGAGGAGGUGGCGUCGGGCGGAACGAUAGAGAAACUGGCGAUCGACAUUACAUUGGUCUCGGAGGGCUGGCUUGCCAACAGCAGGUCCCGGCCGCGCCACGUCCUGAUCCUGCGCGACGAAUACCCGACGCGGCCGUACCAUUUCUUUUGGCCGAACAAGCUGUUCCAGCAGACGACCCACGUCGCGUUCGAGCCAAUGCUGCACGAGAUCUACGCCAAGUUCCCUGCGAAGGGCCUCAAGUCGUUGUUCCCUCGGGUGCGUUGCUGUGGCAUCCAAAUCAUGGAUGCAAUGAUUACAAGGGCCGAGCUGGGCCGGGCUGUCCAGUUCGUCCGGGAGCUGUUGUCGGUCUUGGACAAGCUGGUCGUGUCCAUCUACACCGGCGCAGGUUGGUACUGCUGUCGCGACGCGCCUAUCUGGCUUGCUCUCCGAGCUCUGGCGAAGACGCAGCCGAAACUCGUCGUGCUUCCUCAUCAAGUCAGCUUCACGACGGAGUGGGAGAAGCUGGUCACGGACGGCGAAGAGACCAUCUGGGACGCGCAGGUGGACGAAGAUGAGUGUGAGAAGCUCCCGACGAAGGCCAGCCGUGAGGAGAACUGGAACGAGGCCUUCUUCGGGAGUGCGCGAUGGCUUUCUGGGAGCCGCAUUCACGUCGACGAGAAAAGAAUAACUCGCUACAAGGAGGAAACGGCGACGAGGACCGCUGCGUUGGAGGACAAACUCCGGUCAUUCCUCGACGACUUGACUGUGCCGGGCGUGUGCACACCCCUUGAGGACCUGGAGGCAAUGUUUCCGUUACCGCCUGACGCAAUGGACAUUUCAGUAUACUAGACAUCGUAAUGUUUUCGUUUGUAGCUUGCUGCUUAUGUAUCUAUAUCAUCGAACUCGGGAUUAUUGGACGUGUGGCUAAACCGCUAAUAGCAAACUUGUGAUUGUCAUGCACCCUCUCACGGCCCGCUUGUACUGUGAUCAUUGUCCUGGUUCAUACAUUGAACAGUGCUUUCCGUGUAACUGUCCGUGGUUGGAUCAUGGCCCUGUACAUGUGUAGCGGCUGACAUGCCUCAUCGUGCGCCCGCGAAUAGACUUGACGCACAGUGCGAUGUGAGAGCUGCCUCUCCGUGCAAGUCAUCGUUGCCCAGGUGGACAAUGCAGUCCAUAUAAAGCGACCUAGAGAACGCAGCGACAAUGGGCCACCCGGGCCCAGUUGCAAGGCGGAGACACCCUUGGGGCGUCCAUUGUCGUCGCCAGUGGCAAGACUAGCCUCUCGCGAGGUAUAAAAGAC